AUGAGACUUGUGGAGUCAUUCUUGUUGCUGGCUGCCGCUGCGUCGACGGCCCAGGCUAGCAGUGACAAGCCUGCCCGCCCCCGUGGCGUGGGCCCAGAAUUUGCCAAAUUCUACCAGGACUCGACCACAUUCACCUGUAUCUCGAACCCGUCGAUCAAAAUCCCCUUCUCGGCAGUCAACGAUGAUUUCUGCGACUGUCCGGACGGAAGCGACGAGCCCGGCACGGCUGCAUGCUCACACAUCUCGCGCAAUUCGCCGCUGACGGUAGCCGACAGGCCGGGGAAUAGCGAUCUGGACGUCGCGCUCGCGCUCCCGGGAUUCUACUGCAAAAAUAAGGGCCACCGGCCAUCGUACGUUCCGUUCCAACGUGUCAACGAUGGCAUCUGCGAUUAUGAGCAGUGCUGCGAUGGUAGCGAUGAGUGGGCUCGUGUCGGAGGUACGAAGUGUGAAGACCGGUGCAAGGAGAUCGGCAAGCAGUGGCGCAAACACGAAGAGCAGACACAGAAGUCCAUGACUGCUGCCUUGAGGAAGAAGAAGGAUCUUCUUGUCGAUGCUGGUCGCCAGCAGCAGGAAAUCAAAGAUCAUAUCGUCAGCCUAGAGGCUGAGAUUCAAGGAGCCGAGGUCAAGGAAGAGAAUCUCGAGGCUGCCCUGAAGCUCGCCCAGGAGCAGGACCGAAAGGUCGUCCGUACAGGGCAGGGCAAGGGUAAAGGCAAGGUCAAUGCCCUUGCUAACCUUGCCAAGGGCCGUGUUGAGGAGCUGCGCAAUGCCUUGGUGGAUGUGCGUCGCCAGCGGGAUGAAGCCCGUGAGAGGGUGAAGGAACUGGAGGAUAUUCUGGCUAAGGUCAAGGUGGAAUAUAACCCCAACUUCAACGAUGAGGGUGUCAAACGUGCUGUCCGCAGCUACGAGGACUACGCUGCCCGCGAGCAGGGUGCUGAGGGUGUGAAUGGUGCUGCGGAGCGUGACUUGGAUGAAAUUGCCAAGCCCGAUGGCUCAGACAACGGUGUUAACUGGGAGCACUGGGAAAGCGCAGAGGAUGGUUGCAAUGACUCAGAUCUAGGUAAGCUACUACAUGCUAUUUUUAUACAAGUUGGCAGCUUAUCUUCCCCAUCACUGGUCAGCUUCAUUGAAGACAAGGUCGCUUCAGCUAGGAGCUUCCUCGAAGACAACGGCAUCCUGCCCAAGACCAACGAGGACCCCUCUACUGAAUCCAAGGCUGUGACCGAGGCACGCGACGCACUCAAGUCUGCCCAAGACUCUCUCACCGAUCUCAAGAACAAGCUCCGCGAUCAGCGCGCCGACCUCGAACAGGACUACGGUCCCGCCUCCAUCUUCCGCGCACUCAAGGGCGUAUGCAUUUCCCACGAUGCGGGCGAGUACACGUACGAGCACUGCUUCCUCGAAUCAACGAGGCAGAACCAGAGGAAGGGAGGCAGCUCCGUGUCCAUGGGCAAGUUUUCGAAGAUAGGAUCCACAAGCGUCGAAGAGGUCAACGAGGCUGGCGAGGUCAUCAACAUCGAGAAGAUCACACUCGAGUACGAUCGUGGCCAGUCCUGCUGGAAUGGGCCUAGCCGGUCGACCAAGGUCAUUCUGGAAUGUGGUGAGGAGAACAAGAUUCUGAAGACGGCUGAAGAGGAGAAGUGCGUGUAUGCCAUGCUUGUUACCUCGCCGGCCGCUUGUGUUGGUGGCGAGGAGGCGGAUACGCCACGCUCGAAAGAUGAGCUGUGA